AUGGCCAGUGGCAAUGCAUCCAGUUUACAGGAUGCCCAGAGCAGGCGUUGCAAAAUUCUAUCUUAUAUGUUCUAUCAGGCUGUCCGAGAUCACAAGCCUGUGUGGUUGCUAGAGGACAUGAGGACUAUGGAGUAUUUCUACUGGGAAGAGAGUGCUAAUAUGAGGACAUAUUCUCCUUCAGAAGCUUUGCUGUAUGCUGUGGUGCACAAUCAUCUGCCUUAUGCCCAGUAUCUGCUGUCUCAUUUUCCGGAAGAGGCUCUCAAAGUUCCUGGAGAGCAUUUUUGCUAUUGCCCAUCCUCUGCUCCUCAUUUAGCAAUGGCUGUAACCUAUGACAGGAGGGACAUCCUGGGGCUGAUCAUCAGCAUCGCACACAAGCUGCCUAGCCUGAACUCUUACAUCAAUAGGACCGGCUGUUUUCAUCUUGAAGAUGGCAAGACCCCUCUGCAUCUCGCCUGUGAGCUCCUGAGAUCAGAGACUGUUCUCAUCUUGCUAGGAAAUGGAGCUUCUCCUAGGAUAGAAGACAACAAAGGGCUCACUCCACUGGAUGUCAUCCUGGAACAGAUGUGGGAUUCCAAAGUCAACGUGGCUUCCAAAAAACUCUGCCUUGACUACCUCUUGCUCUUCAUGCCUAGCCCCCGCUUUAAGCUGCAGAAGGUCUUGCGGGAACAUCCCAAAACCUGGGCAGUGCUGCUUGGAGAGGACAAGUUCAACAGCCUGGUGGGGAACACACCUGCAUCUUUAUACCUGCAAGCUAUGCAAACCAUCCUCCAGAUUCUCCCACCCUCUCAUUUCCCUAAAAGCAUCCAGGAACUACCUAUACCUCAGGCACUAAAGCCCCUGCCUUGCAUGGGCAAACAGCAUUUGGCAAAAAAUGGGGUAAACAAUUUUCCAUGA